UCAGGUUGUAAGCCGGGCUAUUUUAGUUUUAAUUGCAACCAAACUUGUAAACUGCCUUUUUAUGGAAUUGGUUGCCAACAUAAAUGCGACUGUCCUGAUGACAAAUGUGAUUUUGCAAAAGGUUGCCCAGAAAAAGAAACAAGCGAGGAUAUCUAUAUACAAGAUGAUGUGAAAGACUCCAGUGCUACGUCAUUUACCUUGGAAAUUACGGGUAAUGUGACAAUUGAUGUAACAGGAGCUAACGAGUCUAUUUUGCUGGACCAUUUUAGAACCUGGUUUUCAACAAAGAACAUCUCUAUAUUGAUUGUUUCCGUAGUUGGUUUAAUUUUGAUAACGAUUUCUAUUCUGUUCACUCGAAAAGUGAUACUCAAAAUAUAUUUUAAACGGCAAAGAAAAAAAAGUUAUGAAUGCCCAAACGACAGACUAUCAGAACCAGUUCAUUAUGAAGUGAUCUCAAAUAUAGUAGUUUAAUACACUGGCGAGAUUCGUUCAUUUCCACAGCCCUGCAUACAAAAAUGUAUGUUUUAGUUAGGUAAUACCUCUAGUGAUAUAUCUUAUGAAACAUUAAAAAAAAAAAAAAACAUGAACACAUUAUCAAUUAUCUGCCAAACUUUUGUUACUAUUUUGUCGAUGCGCCCCCUUUCUAUGUUAUUAUACCCAAUGUUAUGAAAAGCAAUAUCAUGUUCCUCUUUUUACUUCAAGCAUGUCAGUCAGUUAAUCAGCAGUUUAUCUUGAUGGAGAUUUAAUUUG